CAAUUAUGGUAAUAUUCGACGGUCUUGUUACUUCAUUAUAUUCUAAUAUUUGCAAUGUAUUUUAGGUGCUGAAAUUAUUUACGAUAUUGGAUAUUAAAAAUGGUUACAGUGGAAUUAGAAAACGAUAACAACCAAAAAAUGCCAAGAUCGAACAAUAAUAAUUGUGUUUCAAAUAAACAGAGUAGUCAAAAUAUAGAACUUAAAAAUGACGAUCAGAUUCCUGGCUAUUUGUCAAUUUAUAAAGUAUUUCAGUUAAUUGGAAUAAUACUUAUAUUAUCUGUCUUUUUAUGGCUUCAAAUUUAUCGUACUGGUUUUGGUUUUAGCGAAAUAAUACAAAUAUGUAACUGGCACCCUUUAUUAAUGACAAUCACGUUUGUUUAUUUAUUUGCGAAUUCUAUUCUUCAUUUCAGAAAUUUUCGAAAAACUACAAAACAGAAAUUAAAAAUGCAGCAUGCAACAAUUCAUAGCUGUAUUAUCAUCUUUGGGGUACUUGGUUUAUGGACUGGAUUAAAUUCAAAUUUGAUUGCUAAUCCACCUAUUCCAAAAUUUUACAGUUUGCACAGUUGGUUGGGAAUUAUUACUGUUAUAAUGUUUCUAUUCCAGUACACAAGUGGAUUUAUAUCAUUUCUCUAUCCUGAAAUAGCGAUGAAAUAUAAAAAAGUCGUUAUGCCUUAUCACAUAAUAUUUGGUAUAUUAACGUUUGCAUUAUCUAUUGUAACUUCAGUGCUGGGAUUUAGUGAAAAAAUCAUGUUUGCGUUGAACCAACAGCAUGAGUAUAUGCCGACGGAAGGACUGUUUUUAAAUUGUGUAGGGAUAGUAUUUAUUGUUUAUGGUGCAUUGGUCGUAUAUAUAUUAAUUAAACCAGAAUAUAAAAGAUCUUAUAAACCAGAUGACGGAGUGACACAUAAUGGUGCUUAAAAUUAUUUUAAUUUGUGAUUUUUUAUUUAAUUAAUUUUAAUGAGCAUACACUCGUCCAAAAAAUAAAAAAAUAAAACCUAACAAUGACAAUAUGUCAUAAAUUAUCGAA